CUUCCGUCUCCCUUGGGUCUUUGAACAUUUCGAUAGACAGAAACGCUUUCUUCCUCACGAAGCUAUUCUAUGACGUCAGCGAUUUCGCCUCCAUCUCCAACAAAGGCAUCACCGCACUGCAGACCCGUCCGAUUAGAUUGUUUUUCAAAUGGAUGUCAGCUCUUCUUCUUCCAAUGAUUUAUCUUUUAUUCCUCAAGUAAGGGCUGAAAAAAUUCCAAAAAUUGGGCAAGAAUUCGAAUCAUUGGAUGAAGCCCAAAAAUUUUACAAUGAAUAUGCAAGGGAGGCCGGAUUUAGUACUCGAAUGUGGACUACUAAUCGAAACAAAAAUAAUGAAAUCAUUAGGAAGGAAUUUGUUUGCUAUAAAGAAGGGGCUCGAGAAAAAGGGGAAUUAAUAUCGGAUGGUAGUAGAAGACGUGGGACAACUAGAGAAUGAUGUAAGGGCAAAAUGGUUGUUGUAAGGUCAACUUCUAAACUGAGUUUCAUUGUUUCAAUAUUUUGUGAGGUCCAUAAUCAUGUGCUCACAACACCUAGAAAGGUGCAUUUGCUUAGAUCUCACCGUUCUAUGUCAACUGCUAAGAAGGCUUUGACACAACAACUCUCUGCAGCAAAUGUGCCUAUUCACCAACAAAUUAGUAUUAUGGAGUUAGAAGCAGGAAGUCUAGCAAAUAUUGGGUGUAUAGAGAAAGAUUUUUAUAAUGCUCGAAGGGAUGAGGUGAAACUAUUUGCUGGACAUGAUGCUCAAAUGCUAUAUGAGUAUUUUGAAGCAGAAAAGGAAAAAAAUUCAGAAUUCUAUUUUUCAAUCAAUGUGGAUGUAGAAAACAAGAUCAAACAUUGUUUUUGGGCAGAUGCAGAAUGUAGAAAGGCAUACCAGACUUUUGGGGAUGUAGUAGUAUUUGACACAACUUAUAAUACAAAUCGUUAUGGUAUGAUAUUUGCACCCUUUGUUGGAGUUAAUCAUCAUGGACAAACUACUCUAUUUGCAUGUGCAUUCUUAUGUGAUGAAACAUCAGAGUCGUUCCGAUGGCUUUUGCAGCAGUUGUUGAUAGCUAUGGUAGUUGGUCCACCUAAGAUGAUUAUCACUGAUCAAGAUCCUGCAAUGAGUAAAGCUAUAGCUGAAAUCCUUCCAAACACUUUGCAUAGAUUUUGUAUGUGGCAUAUCUUGAGUAAAUUUUCAGAAAAACUAGAUGCAGUCAAGUGGAAGGAACAUUAUCAACAUUUUCAUAGAUGCAUAUGGAAUUCAGAUAGUCGAGAAGAGUUCGAUGUUCAAUGGGCAGAGGUUAUCGAGUCAAGUGGGUUGAAUACAAAUGAGUGGUUGAAAGCAUUAUACGAUAUUCGUUCCAAGUGGAUUCCUGCAUAUGUUAAUGAUACAUUCUCUGCAGGUAUGUCGAGUAGUCAAAGAGCAGAAAGUUGUCAUGCAUUUUUCAAGUCUUAUGUUUCAAAGAAAAAUACUUUGAUGGAUUUUGUGGUUAGGUUUAGUAGAGCUCUAAAACGCCAAAGACACCAAGAAUUAUAUCUUGAUCACAAAGAUAUUAAUGAACAACCUGUCAUGAAAACCAUGUUUGGUGUUGAGAAGUCAUUAGCUGAGUUUUACACACAAACAAUGUUUUACAAAGUUCAAGAGGAGUUAUUCCAAAGCAUGGCUUAUAUAGCGACAUUUGAGCAUGAGUCUGGAAACUUGAAGUUCUACAUUGUUCAGCGUGUUGAAGGGAAUCAGAAAAGUGCUAGAAAAUUAAUUGAGGACAAGUCACUGAAUUAUAUGAGUUGCAGCUGUAGGAAAUUUGAGUCCUAUGGAAUUAUAUGUCGUCACAUUUUUUCAGCUUUCAGCAAACAACUUCUACAUCAACCACUGUCUGAUGGAGGACAGUCUUCUACACCUAGUUUGUCUCUAUCAAAGCAGAUUUACAAUGAGCCAGAAAAAGUUAGAGCAAAAGGUUGCGGAAAGAGGCUAAAAGGAGGCAAAGAAAUUGCCACUAAGAACCCCAAAAGGCGUUGUAAUGGUUGUGGAUUAGCAGGGCAAUCACAUGACAAAAGGAAUUGUCCUUUAAUUAUGGGUAAGACGCAGUAGCUUCAUGGCCUAUGCUGUUCAAUUAUUUUAAGGAGGUUGAAUCCUGCUGGACAUUAUUAUUUUGAUGUACAGUUAUUCAUAGGCUAUGUUUUUCAUUUUGAGGAUGUUGAAUCCCACUGGAUAUUGCUCAAUGCAUUUUUGGCUUGAGUUGAAAGUGAUCGGUUUUCUAAUCCUUGUUCACAUAUUAGUAUAAUUGGAUUCUAUUUUUGAUAGCUAAUAAUUGAUCUUGCUCUGUUUUGUGCCUGUUUUGAA